CGCGUGGCUAUAUAAACAUGGCUGGCGUGGCCGCGCGGCUGGGCCGUGCAGAGCACACGUAGGGGUCUUUGGUCGCCCUAGGCUGGUAGUUUUGAAAUUUCUGGCGGGGGCGGCGCUGCGUAGAGUUUAGAUCUGAGGUGGGGAGCGACGCCCUUUCGAGACCCGAGCGGCCAGACUCCACCGCAGCGGGACCCGAGGCUGAGGCGCAGGGCUGAGCUGGCGCACGUGUGAGCGCCGCUGAGGGAGCGGCUGGGUGCGUGUUGCUGCCGGCGGCAGCCCCGGCUCGCGCGGACGGGCGGGAGGUCCGGGACGCGCGGGUCUGCCGUCUCGCCGGCGCCCUUCGCUGCCUUCCCUGCCGCGGUCCCUGCGCCUUUCCCCAGCGAUGCUGUGGAGCCCGGACUGCGCUGGAGUCGGCUGCCGCUUGCCAAGCCUCUCCUCACCUCUGCUCCCGGAACGGCAGCGCCGCAGCUGCCGCUGAUCCCCCGGGGGGAUGCCCGCCGGCCUCACCGAACCGGCCGGCUCCGCUCCCCGCGCUGGCGCGAGCGCCUCCGGGACCGUGACCAUGGCCCCUGCCGGGGCUCUGCCGGUGCGGGAGGAGAGCGCUCCGGUGGCCCUGGGCGCCGUGACUAAGGCUCCUGUCAGCGUCUGCGUGCAGUCCACGGCUUCCCAGCCCGUGCGGUCCCCCGUGGGGACCCAGGUGACCAAAGUGGCUCCUCUCAAAGUGGCUCCUUCUAAACUCAGCAGCGGCCCCAGGCUGCCUACUCCUCAGAUAGUCACCGUGAAAACCCCCAAAGCCACAACAAUCCAUUUGCCUGCUAAUUUGCAGCUUCCUCCAGGAACAGUUUUGAUCAAAAGUAAUAGUGGUCAGUUGAUGCUGGUAUCUCCUCAGCAAGCCGCAACAAGAGCUGAGACCACAAGUAACAUAACUUCAAGGCCAGCCAUACCAACGAAUACUCAAACACUCAAAAUCUGUACCGUUCCGAAUUCUAGCUCACAAUCAAUCAAGAAAGUGGCAGUGGCACCUGUUAAAAAAUUGGCACCGAUAGGAACUACUGUGGUAACCACUGUUGCGAAGUCUUCCUCAGUACAAUCCGCGGCUGUGCCAGCCAGUGUUGUCACAGUUACUCCUGUAAAGCCGUCGAAUACUGUAAUUACCUUGAAGCCUUCAAGUUUGGGAGUAUCAUCCACCCCCUCAAAUGAGCCCAUUCUCAAAACAGAGAUCUCAGCAGCUGCUCAGACUGGUCUUUCUCCGGCAAUGCUAGAAAAUGUGAAAAAAUGUAAGAACUUCCUUGCAAUGUUAAUAAAACUAGCAUGCAGUGGAUCACAGUCCCCAGAAAUGGGGCAGAAUGUGAAGAAGCUGGUGGAACAACUUUUGGAUGGAAAAAUCGAAGCAGAAGAAUUUACCAGGAAACUAUAUGUUGAACUAAAGUCUUCACCGCAACCUCACCUAGUUCCUUUUCUUAAGAAAAGUGUGAUUGCCUUACGACAACUUCUGCCUAACUCUCAGAGCUUCAUUCAGCAGUGUGUCCAGCAGACUUCUAGUGAGGUAGUGAUUGCUACCUGUACUGCAACAGCAACAACUGCUCCUGUGGUGACAACAACAGUUGCCGCAAUCCAGCCUGAAAAUCCCAUCAUCGUUUCUGGAGUGACAACACCCAGAACUAUGUCAGUGCAAACUCUGAAUCCACUUACUGGGCCAGGGGGAGCAAAGGCUGGAGUUGUGACACUUCAUUCUGUGGGCCCAGCGACUGUACCAGGAGGAACAACAGCUGGAACUGUUUUGCUUCAGACUUCCAAACCACUUGUGUCAUCUGUACCAAAUACAGUUACAACGGUCUCACUUCAGCCAGAAAAGCCAGUUGUCUCUGGAUCUGGAGCAGCAGUAACUCUGGCCCUUCCAACAGUGACUUUUGGAGAAACCUCAGCUGCAGCUAUAUGCCUUCCGUCUGUGAAACCUGUUGUUUCUUCUGCUGGUACCACGUCAGACAAGCCGGUCAUUGGCACUCCAAUCCAAAUCAAACUUGCCCAGGCCGGUGCUGUCCUUUCACAACCAGCUGGUAUUCCACAGGGAGUUAAAGUCAAGCAGCUAGUAGUUCAGCAGCCUACAGGAGGCAUUGCGAAACAAGUGACCACACUUCCUCAUUCCUCAGCAUUGACCAUUCAGAAAUCUGGACAAAAGAAGAUGCCAGUGAACACUGUAAUACCUACCAGUCAAUUUCCUACAGCUUCCAUUGUAAAGCAAAUUACUCUGCCUGGAAAUAAAAUUUUGUCGCUCCAAACAUCUCCUAUUCAGAAAAGUAAAAUAAAGGAGAAUGGAACAACUUGCUUCAGAGAGGAAGAUGACAUCAAUGAUGUGACUUCCAUGGCAGGGGUCAACCUCAGUGAAGAAAAUGCCUGUGUCUUAGCAACAAACUCUGAGUUGAUUGGCACGCUCAUUCAGUCAUGUAAAGAUGAACCCUUUCUUUUCAUUGGAGCUCUACAAAAGAGAAUUUUAGACAUUGGUAAAAAGCAUGACAUUACAGAAUUUAACUCUGAUGUUGUGAACUUGAUCUCCCAUGCAACACAGGAGCGAUUACGAGGCCUUCUAGAAAAACUGACUGCAAUUGCUCAGCAUCGAAUGACUACUUACAAGGCAAGUGAAAAUUACAUCCCAUGUAGUGAUACCAGGUCACAGCUCAAAUUUCUUGAAAAGCUGGAUCAAUUGGAGAAACAAAGAAAAGAUUUAGAAGAAAGAGAAAUGUUAUUUAAGGCAGCCAAGAGUCGUUCCAAUAAAGAAGAUCCAGAACAGCUGAGAUUAAAGCAGAAAGCCAAAGAGUUACAGCAAUUGGAGCUUGCACAGAUACAGCAGAGAGAUGCUAAUCUCACAGCUCUUGCAGCUAUUGGACCAAGGAAGAAGAGACCACUAGACUCUGGAAAUGAGGGGUUAAAAGACAGCCUUCUUGGGACAUCCAGCCUGGCCACCCCCAAACAGUUACUCCGUCCGAGAAUCACGAGAGUCUGCCUCAGGGACUUGAUAUUCUGCAUGGAACAGGAAAGGGAGAUGAAGUAUUCCCGAGCUCUAUACCUUGCCCUUCUGAAGUGACUGCUCCACUCUCCAUCCAGAUCCUUGCUGUUUACUGCCAAAGACGACAUAACGAGCAUUGUUGCACUCACUGUCCUGCAAUUUCAAUUUGUGGAAAAUAAUCACCAAUAUGGAAGAUCAUUGUUUACAGUUACAAACUUUUAUUAAGUCUUACCUAUCCAUCCCAUGGUGUUCUUACAGACUAGAAUUCAUCUGUGUUCUCUGAAAAUCGGUUAUGAAAUGCACUUUACACAGAAGUAGGCAUUUGUCUACCUGUGCAUUUAAUUACAGCAAGUUAAGGCCCUGUUUGUUACUACCUGCUUCAUUUGCCAAAUUAUAACAGGUGAGUUGUCUUUCCCUAAUACAGCCUGCUUUGAGAUGCAGGAGAAAGGAGGAAGAGUUACUGAAAGAAAUUGUAGGAAAAAUACAUUUCAUCCUAUACUGAACCAGUCUCAAAGUAUGUUAGGUUGUCUGGGCUGGAAUCAGAAGUUGCUUAGCUAGCCAAAGGUGACUGGCCACAAAGUAGGGCCCGUGAUGACUGGUCAACUGAGGCCCAGUGUUGUCACAAUGAGAGACAUGGGGAUAGAUUGUGCCUGGCAUUGCUAAUUCUCUGGUUCAUAUCACCAUGUGCUGCUUCUGAUACCAAGUGAUGGGGCAUCUUUGUCAGACAAACCUUAAAAUGGAAGCUGCUGAUGUACCUCAUU